AUGCCUCAAAGCGAGGGAGCUCUUCUCCCUCAACCUGAACUGGGCAAUAUCAAUGCGGCUAUCGAUAUUUCCACUGAAGGAUCCGGCACAAUCACCAAUGGAGGGAUCAGCGCGACGGUGUCUCGACGCGGGAAGAUCAUCAUGUACAACGAAAAGGGAGAGCGGAUUCUCGAGGAAUAUGCCCGACACCGCAGAGACUUGAAGGACCCCAAGUGCAGCGCUUUGGAAAUCGAGGCGCGAGAGCUUCGUCCCAUCUUAGGAGGAGACUUUCAACUUACAAUGCGGCUGGAGUCUAUCUCACCUAAGGAGCGUCUGUUCGGAAUGGGCCAAUACCAGCAGCCCUACCUGAAUCUCAAAGGUUCUGACAUUGAGCUGGCACAUCGCAAUUCGCAAGCCAGCGUUCCAUUCAUGCUGUCUUCUCUUGGAUAUGGUCUACUGUGGAACAAUCCUGGUAUCGGCCGCGCGGUGUUAGCAAYGAACGUCAUGUCAUUCGAAGCUUGUUCAACCAGACAUAUGGACUACUGGAUCGUGGCGGGCAACACACCUGCCUCGAUCGAAGAGACAUAUGCCCAAGUCACAGGUUACGUCCCAAUGAUGCCCGAGUACGGACUAGGUUUCUGGCAAUGUAAGUUACGCUACGCCAGCCAAGAAGACCUCUUACAAAUUGCGCGGGAGCAUAAGCGGCGAGGACUGCCAAUGGAUGUCAUAGUCUGCGAUUUCUUCCAUUGGAUCCACCAGGGCGACUGGUCGUUUGAUCCCAAAUACUGGCCCGACCCCGCCGCCAUGGUGCAAGAACUCCGAUCGCUAGGCAUCGAAUUAAUGGUCUCAGUCUGGCCAACCGUGGCGCCGCAAUCCGAGAAUUUUGAAGAAAUGUUGGAGAAAGGCUUGCUGAUCCGCCAUGAUCGGGGCGUGCGAGUCGCCAUGCAAGUCGGGGGUGAUAGCACCCACAUCGACGUUACCAACCCGGAAGCUCGCGCRUUCUUGUGGUCGAAGCUGAAGCGCAACUACUACGACUAUGGUAUCAAGAUCUUCUGGGCGGAUGAGGCGGAGCCGGAAUAUAGUAUCUACGACUUUGAUCUCUACCGCUACCACGCAGGCCCUAAUGUCCAAAUUGGAAAUUUGUAUCCGCGAUUCUAUGCCCAAGCUCUCUAUGAGGGCAUGAAAGGAGAGGGUCAGGAGAAUAUCGUUAAUCUUCUCCGCUGCGUGUGGGCUGGUAGCCAGCGAUACGGAGCGCUUGUCUGGUCUGGAGACAUUGCCAGUUCAUGGGAGAGUUUCCGGAAUCAAUUAUCAGCAGGCCUGAAUGUUUCACUCAGUGGUAUACCAUGGUUUACCACUGACAUUGGAGGUUUCCAUGGAGGUAGCCCUGAUGAUCCCGCUUUUCGAGAAUUACUUGUACGUUGGUUUCAAUGGGGAACUUUUUGCCCUGUGAUGCGGCUUCACGGUGAUCGAGAACCCAAGUCGGUGAAGGAUGAUGAGACGGCUCCUGGGGCACCUAAUGAGAUUUGGUCGUUUGGCGAAGAGGCAUAUCCGAUUUUGGUCAAGUACUUGCAUAUGCGGGAGGAAAUGCGGGAUUAUACGAGGAGGUUGAUGAGGCUGGCGCAUGAAAGGGGUUCGCCUGUUAUGCGGACUUGCUUUUAUGAGUUUCCUGAGGAUGUCAGGUGCUGGGAGAUGGAGCAGCAGUAUAUGUUUGGUGACAAGUAUCUUGUGGCUCCUGUUUUAUCGGCUGGGAUUCGUGAGAUGGAUGUUUAUCUGCCGCUUGGAGCGCGGUGGAAGAGGUGGGGAUUUGAUGUUGUGCAUGAGGGGGGUAAGAUUGUGAGGGAAUCUUGUCCGAUUGAGUCUAUGCCUGUGUUCGUCCGUCAGGAGGACUGA